AUUCCAAUAUGGGCGGCUGUCAUCAUAUCGCUUUUCCUUGUUCCCUUGUCUGGCCUCUUUGCCGGGCUGACGUUGGGUCUGCUCAGUCUUGACCGAGUGGGCCUAAGGAUCCUUGUGGAGGGCGGAGAUGCCAAGGAAAGGAGCCAUGCACAAAAAAUUCUGCCUGUGCGGGAGCAAGGCAACCAGCUGCUGUGUACCCUCCUACUGGGCAAUGUCAUCAUAAACAGCGCUCUCUCAAUUCUCCUUGCUGAUCUCACAACGGGUCCUAUUGGAUUGCUCACCUCCACUGCUGUAAUCCUCAUCUUUGGCGAGAUCAUCCCACAGUCAAUCUGCUCAAGGCAUGGCUUGGAAGUGGGCGCGCACUCUAUCUGGGUUGUGCAGAUCUUCACGAUCAUCUUGGCUCCUAUUGCCUACCCAACAAGCCUCAUCCUUGACUGGUGCCUCGGCCGUGACAUUGGGACAGUCUUCUCCCAGCAGGAGCUCAAGAGCCUGAUCAACAUUCAUGUCCAUGACCCUGACGCCCAGGCCGAGAGCGGUCUGACCAAUGCUGACCGCCUACUGCUUAUUGGCGCUCUGGAGUACAAGGACAAAAGGGUGAAGGAUGUGAUGACGGCGCUGGAGCACUGCUUCCUGCUGGAGGUGCGCUCGCGGCUGAACUUUGCAACGAUGCUGGCCAUCUACAAGAGCGGCUUCACGCGCAUCCCCGUCUACGAAAGCUCGCGCCACAACAUCAAGGGCAUUCUCUAUGUCAAGGACCUCAUCCUCGUGGACCCAGACGACGAGACCGAGCUCGGCGCUGUCCUGGCCUUCAGGGGCCGCGAUGUUGCGUCGGUGCGGGAGGACGUGAAGCUGGACGUGGUGUUCAAGGAGUUCAUGUCCUCUAGCAACCACAUGUUGCUCGUACGCCGCGCCCCCGACAUGCCGGGAGGACCGGACGGCGACGUCAUCGGCCUCAUCACCCUCGAGGAUGUCAUGGAGGAACUCAUCCAGGCGGAGAUCGUGGACGAGACGGACAUCUACGAGGACGUGAACCGGCGCGUGCUGAGGCGCGGAGGCACGCGCGCUGAUGUGGCAACCUACCUUACCAUGUUUGAGCACAAGCUGCAUGCGAGCACGCUGAGCCCCGCUGAGGUGGCCGCCGUGGCCGCAUUCCUGCAGCUCAACGUUGACGAGUUCGCGCCCCUCAUGCGCUAUGACCUGCCCCUCAAGGGACUGAUCAGCCAUGCGGAGAUUGUGGAGAGGGACAUGGCGUCCGGAUCCAGCAGCGAUGCCGGGGACCCGGGCACGGUGCUGUACACGCGCGGGGAGCCCUCCGACACCUUCACCCUCAUCCUGCAGGGCAAGGCGCUCAUACGCACAGGCGCGGAGUGCUUUGAGCUGGACCUGGGCCCCUGGUCAGUGCUGGGCAACCGCGCGCUCAGCUGCGACGACUACGUCCCGGACUUUGACGCCGUCGCGCAGCCCCCCUGCCGUAUGCUGCGCAUCCGCCGCGCCGCCUACCGCGCUGCCCUC